AUGGUUCUCUAUCUACUGUACUUCAAGGCCGAAUUGGAAAACGUCGGAGAAGUCAAAUUGCGGACCCACGGCAUUCAUUUGCGAAUCUCGGUCCGCAAUCCUCAAGACGGCAACGAAACCCGAGACAAUGUCAUUGUGGACCCCAGCGAACCAUUGGAACCAGAAGGAGGCGAAUCGAGUAGUAAGGAAGGACCUCAUCAUUUUCGUCUCAAAUGGGAGGGCAGCAAGAAAUCUUCGACACUCCAAGUUUUGAGCGAGGCAGAAGCGGCAACCGCACUCAAGAAAUCGAAAAAGAAGAAAAAUAAGGGCAAUAAGGCGAAUGAUGAUGGUACACCACGAAGUUACACGGCCGACGAUGCCGGGGACUGGGUGCCGAUAUUGGCUAUGGAAUGUCGUGGGUUGGAACCGUAUGCGUUUAGUCCAAUGAAGGAUGAAUUUGUUGUCAUGAGCGAAGGCGGGACAAUUUUUGACGACGACAUCGAGUUGGGCGAUGGCGAUUGGGCCGAGUACGAUGCGGAGAACGAUGCUCCAAUCUCCAUGGAAGACAUUUCCUUUAAAUUUGAGGCACUGUAA